AAAGGUAUUCUUUGCCAGCGCGGCACCACCAUCUGCAAAGGUUUCCUCCACCGCACUCGGGCAUCAUGUCACUCCCCCAAGCGAUCGCCUACACCGAAAAGACGGUUUUGGCACCUUUGAUAGGACCAAAAUGCGCACACGAACUCAUCAGCUUGAACUUUUCGCACACCGCAUGCAUCAAGCUCCUUGUGUCAAAACUCUUGGGAAUCGGGAUCAUCUUGGGCGGAACUAUUCUUAAAGUGCCCCAGAUCUUGAAAAUUGUGGCUUCGGGAAGCACCACCGGGAUCAGCUUUGCGAGUUAUUUAUUGGAAACAGCCGCGUAUACCAUUUCAUUGGCUUACAAUGCGCGGAGUGGUAACCCCUUCUCAACUUAUGGAGAAAUGGCCUUUAUUACUGUUCAAAAUGUCGUCAUUCUGCUUCUCAUACUCGCGUACGGCAAGAACAUCCUCGGCCUCUUCUCGUUCCUUGUUGUGUUUGCGGCAACAUCAAUAGCUCUCUUUGAUCCUACCCUAGUCAGCGCUGACCUGUUGACCACACUGCAAUGGAGCACAGUCCUCAUCGGCGUAGCAAGCAAGCUGCCCCAAAUUUGGAACAACCUGAGAGCAAAGUCGACUGGACAGCUAUCCGCUAUUACAGUCUUUUUGCAAGGUGCUGGAUCCGCUGCCAGAGUUUUCACUACCAUUCAGGAAGUGGACGAUCCAGUAUUGCUCACUUCGGCUUUGGUCGCCACCGGGUUGAAUGCCGUUAUCGCGCUACAAAUGGUGUUAUAUUGGAAUAAUAGAACCGUGGCUGGCGCACAGUACGCCAAGCCGCGGAGCCCUGCACAGAAAAGGAAAACACCCAAGGCCAUGUAGGAUUGGCAUAGAUAGACAUGAUAAUCCAAUACUUUUUCUUUCUUUGUAUUUUACACACAUGACCUGUUAAAACCUCUGUGUACUUGCCCUUGUCUUUUUGGAAUCAAGGAACGAAGCAUCGUAGCCA